CACAACAACAAGAACAACACUCGCCCUUCAGCUUCUCUCUCUCUCUCUCUCUCUCUCUCUCUCUCUCUCUAAAAGCCCAAGAAAAUGGCCGAACUCAUCUUCAACACUUCUCUGAAUUAUCUGAUACUUGCCCUCGGCAUUUUCAUGUUGUUGUCCGAAUCGCCUUCACCGGCAAAUGCAGCUUCAGUUCAGUACAACGUGGUCUCUCUCGGUGCGAAGGCCGAUGGCAAGACUGACUCCAGCAAGGCCUUUCUGAGCGCAUGGGUGUUAGCCUGCGGGUCGACAAGUGCCGCCACCGUCUACGUCCCACAGGGCCGUUUCUUGGUGCAGUCUGCCUCCUUCAACGGGCCAUGCAAGAACUCGGCCAUCACAGUGCGCAUUGACGGCACCCUCGUCGCACCUUCCAACUACAACUUGAAUGGGAAUACGGGGAACUGGAUCAUUCUCAGUCACGUAACGGGGGUAUCCGUGAUUGGGGGAACCCUUGACGGACAAGGCAAGGGCCUCUGGGCUUGCAAGCUCUCCCGCAAGAGCUGCCCUAGCGGCGCAACGAACUUGGAAAUCAGCAAUUCCCAAAACGUAUUGGUGAGCGGACUCAGCUCCCUCAACAGCCAGAUGUUCCACAUCGUCAUCAACGCCUGCCAGAACGUGAAGAUGCAAGGCGUGAAGGUGUCGGCCUCGGGGACCAGCCCCAACACCGAUGGUAUUCACAUUGGUGCCUCCACUGGCGUCACCAUCCUCAACUCCAAGAUCGGGACAGGCGAUGAUUGUGUCUCCAUUGGCCCCGGCAGCAACAAUCUUUGGAUUGAAAACAUCGCUUGCGGACCUGGACAUGGCAUCAGCAUUGGGAGCCUGGGCAAGGAUCAACAAGAGGACGGUGUACAAAACGUGACGGUUAAGACGGUCACGUUCACCGGAACGCAAAAUGGAGUGAGGAUCAAGUCGUGGGCCAGGUCAAGCAACAGCUUCGCCAGGAACAUCCUCUUCCAACACGCCACCAUGAACAAUGUCCAAAACCCGAUCAUCAUCGAUCAGAAUUACUGCCCCGACUCUGGUUGCCCUUCUCAGGCUUCAGGUGUUAGAGUGAGCGACGUGACGUAUCAAGACAUCCAUGGGACAUCCGCGACCGAGGUGGCUGUGAAGUUUGACUGCAGCUCAAAGUACCCGUGCACCGGAAUAAGGAUGCAAGACGUGAAGCUGACCUACCUGAACCAAGUGGCCACAGCAUCUUGUGCCCAUGCUGGUGGCGCAGCUUCCGGCACGGAACAGCCCGCCAGUUGCUUGUAAUCGCCCCCAAAUUACAAAGCCCAAAAUAGAGGGAAAAAAGGGAUACCAUCCCUAAUCUUAAUUAGCAUUGGUGAAGCGAGAGAGUGAUAACUAAUUAUUUAUGUGAGUCCUAAUAUUUGACUUAGGACCAGAAGAAAUUAUAUAGUAGGAAAUAGAUCGUUCAGUGUGCAACACAAAAUGGGUGCUUGAGCCUGUGGCGGGUCCUAGUUCACAUUAUUAUGGGCUGGAUUAAUGGAGCCUGGCCUUGCGUCAUAUUUUCAAUGAAUCCGAUGUUAAGAGUUUUGUCAUUUUGUCAU